AUGGCGCAUGCACUGCGUGAUUGUGGCGUGCGCACACCGCUAGCAGCUCGCGAGCGUGCGACUUCCGCUUUGCCCACACCUCCGCAGCCUCCGUCUCGUUCACAUAUUGUCCUGCAAGACGACCGGCCUACUACGCGCGUUCCUGCCGCAUAUGCAACACCAUUGGCAUCUGAAUUUAUUGCAGAGGUGAGCGAAGAUAUGUCACCACUACCUGAGACGCCAACGCGUGAGGCCUGGACACCAUCACAGGACUCGACACCUCGCGUCGCUUCACCCCUCCGUGGUGACACGUGUCCUAUAUCUGUAACGCGAAGAACGCAUGGCCGGCGACAAAGCACGCAGGUGGACGAUGUGUUUCGCUUAGAUGCUAAUGACUCGGCGGGAACACAACAUGUCGGCGAUGAUGGUGACAUGCAGUUUGAAGAAUAUGAGCAGUUCGUGGAUCCUGUAUCCGAGCAAGAGCAAGGGCAAGAGCAGGAAUGUGAGCCUGUGUUUGCAAUGGAUAUGGAGCAUGAGUAUGAACAGGAACCUUUCGUUGAAGACGAACUUAUACCAGAACAUGAACAUGAACAUGAGCAUGAGCAUGAGCACGACCAUGUACUCCAACACGAGUCCCUACACGAAGGGGAAUCAGAGUCUCAUCCUUCGUCUAAUACUGGCUCUGGAUCUGACAGCCGAAGUGAAAUGGAUCACCAGCUCGAUCCUAGCAUGCAGAAUCUAUCUGCUCAUGAUACCAAGCAGAGAACGACGCCAUCGACGCCGCCUCAUCCCCAACCGAAGCGCUCUCGACGCACAUCCAUCGCGAUGGACCCUGGCCUUAUCGACGAAGUGCCAGAUCGGACACGUCGGGCACGGAAAAGCAUCAAUUAUGCGCUUCCCAAGCUCAAUACCAAGAUGCGGAAACCCGAUCCGGAUGAGAGCGACGCACCUGAUGCAAAGAAACCCCGAACCUCACAGGAACGUCGCCGUUCUACUCGCACAGCUAGGCAAGUAUCAUCGCCGUCACAGCCACCCAAGACCGGUCCUAAUGCAAGCGUAAACAAGUCAUCAAAAGAGUCGAAAGAGCUUUCCGAGUCGAAGCGGUGCGGCGAUGUCAACCAGCAGCACGAAAACGAACUGCCGCCAGAUUCAUCCAACACAGGCACGCAGCAUCCUUCUCCGGCGCCUUCCACUCUGCCCCCAGCUACGCCACCUCAGGAUCAAGUCCAGCACGAUCCGGAGCCUAACCACGGGCAAAAGCAAGACUCGAACUCGACGAUACAAGAUUCACCUGUCUCGCCUCUUCUUACACCCAAAGCAGCGCCGACGCCACGGCGCCCAAGACGCUCGCGGGCCGCUGAGCCAACGCGACGAGCAACGCCUCAGGUGCCCAAACAGAGAGCCGGGACACCGACGAUCCCCCCAUCUGUAUCAACAGCAUCAGCAAGACCAACGGUGCCUGCAUUCCAGACACGGUCAAACAAACCGUUCGUACCAUCGCGCGGAGGCAAGAACCCACAUGCCAGUGUGCUACAGCAGCAUUCAGCACAGAAAAUGCCCAACUGGGCUAGCUCACUGCUGCAUUUGUCGUCGCCGGAGCCACCUAGCCGCCAAUCCUCGCAACAGAACAAGGAGAACUAUCCCGAGCGUCCUCGUCGCCCUUUGCAACAAACCCCGUACUCGACAAGGCGGUCUUCAGCGUUCUCAUCCGGGUCGUGA